GGAGGAGGAGGAGGUGGUGCGGCGGUGGUGGUGGUGGUGGUGGAAAAAAUGUCCGCCUCGGUGGGGCCCCAGGGUGGCCCUCACCCACCCACCGUGCCGACAACCAUGCCGGAUCUGCCGGACCUCAGCCAUCUCACCGAGGAGGAGAGGAAGAUCAUCAUGGCAGUGAUGGCUCGCCAGAAAGAGGAAGAGGAUAAAGAACAAGCCAUGCUAAAAACACUGCACCAGCAGUUCGAGAGCUACAAACAGGAGGUGCGUCGCAUUGGGGCGGACACGCGGCGCCAGCCGACCCAGCUGAAAGACGACGCGCCCACCUGCGGCAUCUGCCGCAAGACCAAGUUUGCCGACGGCUGCGGACACCUCUGCUCCUACUGCCAGACCAAAUUCUGCGCUCGCUGCGGCGGGCGGGUCUCCCUGCGCUCCAACAACGAGGACAAAGUGUGUGUCAUAGUGAAGGACAGGGUAAUGUGGGUAUGCAACCUGUGCCGUAAACAGCAGGAGAUUCUUACCAAAUCAGGAGAAUGGUUUUCGGAGUCAGGGGUGCGGCCUGGGAGCCUGGGCACCUCCUUGAACAACCCAGCCCGUGGAGGUGAGACCCAACGGGACAGGAAGCUGAUCCGCUCCAGGUCCCAAGCCCCGCCCUCCAGCACCAACAGCAACGCCGGGCAGCUCGACGGCACGCAGCCGGCCGCAGGUGUCGCUGCUGCCAAGGGUGCCGAGACCAUGCCCGGCUCGCGCUCCCAAAGCGAACCGCCUAAAGAAAAGAAAAGGCCAGUUUCUCUCCACGAACAAAACGGUAAGGGAGGCAUGGGCCGUGGCAGUGGCCGAAGGCCGGCUGGGAAGCUGCCAUCUCAGUCAUCCCUGGAUGAGCGAGUGGUUCCUGGGGACAGAGGAGAAAGACGUUUGGGAGAUGGACGGAGGCUGGAAAAAAUCCAUUCUCAGGACUACGAGGACAGAGAGGGCAACUUGGGUCGCGCAGAAACCCACCGCAGGCGACCAGAGGAUGAGGAGCAGAGGGAGCGCCAGCGCCGCGAGGAGGAGUUCCAGAACCGCUACCGAAGUGAUCCCAACCUGGCACGAUACCCGGUGAAACCACAGAAGGAGGAGCAGGAGAUGCGCAUGCACGCCAAGGUGUCCAAGGUCCGCCACGAACGACGACACAGUGAUCUGGCAAUCAACGAGGUCGGACUUGGGCCCGGUGAAGGUGGUGGUGGCGGAAGUGGAGGAGGGGAUGUGCCUGAAAACCGUCUGGCCAGAAGGGGUGGAGGUGGGGAGGGAAACCACAAGGCCCUCUUGGAGAACCACCACGUCUUCUCUGUGGAUAGGACCGCGGGGGUUGGAGGGGCAGCUCAACCUGCAGGAGGCGGAGUGAGAUCGGGACCUCAACCUGAGGGGCCGGUGGCUCCAGAUUGGGGGACGAACAAAGGCCGCCUGGAGCCCGGGACAACGCGGACACCAAGGGACAAGGGUGGGGACAGCCUCCCAAGGAAGGACUCUCAGAGCUCGGACCAGUCGGAGUCUUUGCGGCCGCCCCCUCCGCGGUCAUACAAGAGCAAACGCGGAGUCAACAAGAGGCAGAUGUCCAUCAGCAGCUCAGAGGAGGAAGGCGGCUCCACGCCCGAGUACACCAGCUGUGAGGACGUGGACAUGGAAAGCGUCAGCGAGAAAGGUGACUGGGACUGUCAUUCUUUAGAUCCUACAGUUUGGCAUCAUCCGGUCACAUGGCAGCCGUCCAAAGAGGGCGACCACCUGAUCGGACGCAUCACUCUCAGUAAGAGGUCAGCGAUGCCCCGCGAGGCUGGCUCCCUCCUCGGCCUAAAAGUGGUAGGAGGGAAGAUGACAGAAACAGGGCGACUCGGGGCCUUCAUCACCAAAGUCAAGAAAGGCAGCCUUGCAGAUGUUGUGGGACACCUUCGAGCAGGUGACGAGGUGCUGCAGUGGAAUGGAAAGUCGUUGCCGGGAGCAACUAAGAAAGAAGUAUACAACAUUAUCCUUGAAUCCAAGGCUGAAUCUCAAGUGGAAAUAGUAGUUUCAAGACCUAUUGGAGACAUCCCAAGAAUCCCAGAGUCAUCUCACCCUCCUCUAGAAUCCACAGGAUCCAGUUCCUUCGAGUCCCAAAAGAUGGAGCGGCCCUCCAUAUCAGUAAUGUCUCCCACCAGCCCAGGGACCCUCCGAGACCUUCCUCUGGUACUGCCUGGACAGCUCUCUGUGAAGCUGUGGUACGACAAAGUGGGUCAUCAGUUGAUCGUCAACGUCCUUCAAGCCAUAGAUCUGCCACCCCGACCGGACGGACGACCUCGUAACCCCUACGUCAAGAUGUACUUCCUGCCUGAUAGGAGCGAUAAGAGUAAACGGCGGACGAAAACGGUGAAGAAGAGCGUUGAACCCAAGUGGAACCAGACCUUCCUGUACUCCCACGUCCACCGGCGGGACUUCAGAGAGCGCAUGCUGGAGAUCACAGUCUGGGACCAGCCCAGAGUCCAGGAGGAGGAGAGUGAAUUCCUGGGAGAGAUCCUGAUAGAGCUGGAGACGGCCCUGCUGGAUGACAUUCCUCAUUGGUAUAAACUGCAAGCGCAUGACAUGUCCUCCAUACCUCUGCCCCAGCCCUCCCCGUACCUCCCACGCAGACACGUCCACGGAGACAGCCCCAGCAAGAAGCUACAGAGGUCUCAUCGCAUCAUUGAUACAGAGUUUGAUGAUGGUUUGAUGGUAGUAACUAAAGGUGCAGAGCGUAACUCCAGGGAGAGAGAGCGGGGCAGUACGCUGGCUGUGCCUGAGCAGCAGCGGCCCGUCCAGCACCGCUCCCGGUCCGUGUCUCCCCACAGAGAGGACUCCUGCAGGGCUCGGUCACGACCUGCACACGUGCCCAUGCAAAGGAGCCUGGAUGAGAUCCACCAGAAUAGCCACCACUCCCACUCAACCCUCCGCUACCACGACUCCCGCUUAGAGCACCAGCGCUCGGGUGACUCGGACUACGAGUACUCAGAGGACAGUGAGGUCCUGGAGAUGCACAGGUCUAUCCGUGGCGGGAGUGCCGAGUGCCUGCACACAAACAGGGGCAUAGGUAGAUACAGCAACACCCUACCCCCCAAAAUGCCCCUGUUAGUAAACGGUAUCCAUAAAGACAUUUACAGCGACCUGCAGCCGCCGUUGGACAGAGUGAGGAGUGCCAGCACCACUUGUCUGAGACCAGACACCAACUUUCAGUCCCCUGACAGAGACAGGUGCUCCAACUCUUUGCCCCUCAAGACUCCCCCAAGCCCCCGGAUCUUAGUAGAACAUGUGGCCCCUGAGGAAGACAGGCAGUGUAGCAAUUCAUCAAGUCCAAACUGUCACAGGGCCAGCAAGGGAAGCCUGGAGGGGGACAGUCGAAUCCAGCCCACCUCUAUCCUGAGGGGCAGUAGGGGGAGAGGGGGUCCGCUGAGGCCCUUUGGCCAGACAGCCUUGGCCGGGUCCGGCCCAAACUCGCCACGGCUAGAAAGAGCCCACCCUCACGGCAGCCCCUCUUCUCCAUCGGGGACGCCCUCAUCAGGUCGCAGGGGGAGGCAGCUGCCUCAGCUCCCUGCUAAAAGCAGCAGCAUAGAGCAAGCCCUCGCAGUAGAAGAGCGAGCCCGACAACUGCAGGUGAAAGUACAUUCCUACCGGCCUUCAGCUUCCCACGACCCCGAGAUGGACCUCAAGACCAAACGGGAGAUGUACGCAGAACAGAGGCGUAGCAGCGACAACAUGUCGGCCAGAUCGUCCGACAGUGACAUGAGCGACGCGUCGGCCCUCUCCCGAGCCAGCAGUGCCUCCCGUCUCAGUAGCACCAGCUACAUGUCCAUCCAAUCAGAACGACCCGGAGGACGACUCAGAUCCAAGUCGUUAGAGGAGGAGAGGAGGGAAAGGAGGAUCUCGUGGGGGUUGAAUGGAGAGGAGGACAGGAGCAGGGCUGCAGGGAAGAGACGAUUCUCUGAGGAGCUGAAGCGCCGGAGACACACUGUAGCUGGAGACACCAGCGAGUCCAGUCGGCAGAUGCGGUCGUCGGCUGGCCGCAGCAUGCUGAAGAGCUCCAGCGUGAGCGGAGAGAUCUACACCCAGGAGCGCACGGACGGCAGCCAAUCCGACACGGCGCUGGGCACGGUGGGUGGCGGCAGCAAGAAGAGACGCUCCAGCCUCAGCGCGCGAGUGGUGGCCAUCGUUGGCAACCGCCGCAGUCGCAGCACCUCGCAGAUCAGUGGCCCCGAGGGGAAGAGCAAGAAGGAGAAAGGUGCACCCAUCCAAAGGAGCACAGAGACCGGCAUGGCAGUAGAACUGACCCGAAACAUGAGCCGCCAGCCCAGCAGAGAGUCCAACAACGGCAGCAUGAACAGCUGCAACUCCGAGGGGAAUUUGAUCUUCUCUGGAGUCAAUGUGGGGGCCAGCAGUCAGUUCAGUGACUUCCUGGAUGGCUUGGGACCGGCCCAGUUGGUGGGAAGACAAACGCUGGCUACUCCUGCAAUAGGUGACAUCCAGAUUGGUAUGAUGGAGAAAAAGGGUCAACUGGAGGUCGAAGUUAUCCGGGCUCGAGGACUCGUACAGAAGCCGGGAUCCAAAUCCCUCCCUGCUCCAUAUGUCAAGGUCUAUCUGCUAAAUAAUGGAGCCUAUGUAGCCAAAAAGAAAACCAAGAUUGCACGGAAAACCCUUGACCCACUGUACCAACAAGCCCUGCUUUUCGAGGAAAGCCCCCAGGGUAAAGUCUUACAGGUGAUUGUAUGGGGCGAUUACGGCCGCAUGGACCAUAAAAGCUUCAUGGGAGUUGCACAAAUUCUAAUGGAGGAGCUGGACUUAUCAAGCACAGUCAUUGGCUGGUACAAGUUGUUCCCCCCGUCAUCCUUGGUGGAUCCGACACUUGCCUCCUUAACGCGACGGGCUUCCCAGUCGUCCCUCGACAGUUCCUCUGGACCUCCUGGAGUCCGGUCAUAGUGGACCAACACCUCUACAACCCCCCCUCCCCCCGACAAGUAACAAACUCAGAGACAAGACUAACAAAAACAAAAAAAAAGGUGGCGGAUAUGUAGAACAACAAGAACAAUCGGAGGCGUCCCAACCAGAAAGCUUUGUUGAGAUCUGACAAUCACUCCUGUCGUGGGUUAAAUUUGUUUGUUAUAGGGAGCACCGCAUUUCAGUGUGUCACAUUCAUCAGGAAAAUGUCAUCAUUUUUCUCUGUGUAUGCUGAAGAAGCCGGGCCGUCCACAGGCAGCGAGAAGUAGCUCCCAGAGAGGGAGGGAGAGGGAGGGAGAGGGAGGGGGGGGGCGGGGGUACAACGACAAGGAAUCAAAUAAAGCAGGGUGAUUUUUAACUGAAUCAACAAAUAGCAAAGAAAUGUACGUUAAGCAUCGGAAUGUAUGGACUCGAGACAGAGGUAAUCACCCUCCACGCAGUCUCCAUCUGCAGUGGCCUCCUCCAGAACCCCCAACAGACUGCCGGCGCUCCCGCCCCCCCCCCCCCCCGGCUGGGCGCUGGCAACAGUGUUGGUAUUCAGUCUGGAAGCACAGGGCCUUCUUCUGGUGCCUAGACCACGGAGCAGCAUCACUGGUCCCUUCUCUCUGUUGAAAAUCCUCUUUUCAGAAUCUUUACCGUGGCUUCUCCGAAGCCGCCGUUUUAGCGUGUUUGCUUUCUUGCCUAUUUCUUUUCCCCUUGUUACUACCGGCACAAAAUGUUUUUUAGUACGUAAAAUGCUCAUGAUAUUGUUGUCAGUCUGGUGUGUGCAUGGAGAGAAAAAAAAAAAACUAAACACAAUAGAAUUUUAAAAAACGGUUUAAUGUCUGCAAGUGUUAAUGCAGCGGGGAGAUGAUGAUGGUUUAGAAUUUUACACUUUGACAGUGAGAUUAGCGUGCAACGUUGUUUUCCUUGUUUCACCACUGGCCAAACGUCCAUGCCAGUUGUCUUUGUAUAGAUGUAUAUUAAGCCUCCCUGGAGGUUGACCAAUAAAUACAAUUUAUGUCACUUUGAAAAAUCCCCAUUGUUCAACAUCACUGUAAAACAAUACAAAAAAAAAGUAAACGCAAAAGCGAGGCCCCUUAAUAUUUUCGUUUUGGGGAAUGCAUUCCCUCACCACAGCACGUUUUUAUCAAAUCCUUAGUUUGCAUUAUUUCGCAAUUUAAAGAAAAGCACAAGAGCUUGAUUUUUUUACAACAAAAAGUUUAACUUUUUGAAAAAAACAAACAAACCAGAAAAACAUGUUGUUAAAAAAAGGGGGAAAAAGUCAACAAUCCUUUCACCGGUUCCAUUCAUUUCCUUGUCAAGUGGUUUGGAAAACAGACUAAGUGGAAAAUAAGAAUGACACCCAGUGUUGCUUCGUGCAUAUCUGCGAAUGUGAAAGCAACCGAUUAGACCGAUCCGAGUCACGUCGCCGAUGCUCGACCUCCGUUCGGCCAGCAGGACUCCUCCCAGCGGGAACACGGCGAGGCCAAAGCAUGACUUUGGAACCUGUUCAGAGCUGCAUGCACAUUUUUGUAAAACAAAACAGAUACAGAAAAAAAAACAAAGAAGAAGAUGCUGAACUAGAUACGUGUGUUAGUUCCACAUACUGUAGGGCCGCUUGUAUGUUGCAUGCAGUUGUACAGUUUUGCUCGUACUUGAAUAUUAAAGACAUAGAAACCAAGAAACCGAAGCCAUUCCCAUCACACAGAGGCAUUUUAACACAACUGCAGUCGUGUCCACAUCACUCAGUCCGGUGCUGAAUGUCUCUGAAACUAAAUCCCAAGAUUACGUUGAUGUCUUUCCUCGACCUGCUGAGAGAUGCACUGUACAGAAGAGCUGAGUGGACCUCGAAGCCCUUCCUACUGUUAUUCCACAUUAGAGGAGACCUCCACGGGGCUGAGAUUAUGUAUAAAUAAAUAUCUAUAAAUCAGAUCUACUUAUAUGGAAAUAUGAAUUAUGUUUCAACAUAAUGAUUUCAGAUACACUAACACAUGAACUGUUAAGAUAUAUAAAGAGUAUUGCAGAUGCACAGAGAGUCACGCACUGUAAAUACGCAGCAGCCAUUGCCCGGGAUUUCAUUGGGUUCAGUAAUAAUUGCAAUGGGUCCAAGUCACACAAGGAGGAGCGAUUAAUACGUCAUUCAGGACCGUGCAGCGGGAUAAAACAACGGCGGCGGACUACGAGUGUACCAUUAGUCUAAAAGUCGCCGUCUGAACACUUUGUGGUUCUGAACCCCCCCGGCCAUGUUCAGAUGAGUUGACUUUUCUUUUCACCGUCCGGUGAAGCUGUUUUUUCUUUUCUCUUUCUUUGUCAGUAUUAACAGGAAAAAAAUUGCUGAUUGUUUACAACUUCUGUGUUCCAAUGAAACAAAAAGAGAAUUAUAAAAAAAGUAAAGCAUUCACUGCAACAUUACUUGUUUGUAUAACAGAUGUGGCUCAAAUGAUGUGUAUGUUUUAUAUUUAAAAAAAAAAGGUUCAUUUUUAUUAUUUACAAAUAAAAAGAAUGUGUGAAAGAAAA